AAAUGUAAAAUUAAAGUAAAUUAAAUAAAUCUUACACAUGAUGCACUUAUAUCUAUGUGUACUAUACAAUGAAAUCAUAUGCGAAUUAUCUCGAUAUUUUUAUAUCUAAAUUUCUGUAUCUCAACUUUUUUAUUUCCGAUGAUUUGGUAACAACAGACAUUGAUAUUAUUGUACAAUUUUAAAUAAUUGCAAAAUUUGUAAGUAAAAUUAUACUAAUGGAUAGAAGGAGGUGUGAGCUCUGUCCAUUAUCACAUUUUGAUAGAUGUAAUUAUACAGUAACAACUUCUAUGCAACCUUUGUUAAAUGUAGAACAUCGCAAAUCCUGUCAACAAUAUUCCCCUAAGAUUGAACCGAUAAAAGCUGUGAGGUAGAGAUUUAAUGUCAAGUUAUUGUGUACAAGAUUUUCAUUAUUUACUCAUUGUAAAUUAUACAUUGAAGAUUUAAACCACCUGUAAAUAUACCGCAAUGUUACGGACCAUGGACAAAUUUAAUGUAUCGUCCUAUCAUACAAGGAGCAUUAAAAUAUCGAGGAGUAUAUAAAUUAGUUCCUGUUGAUCCUCCGCCAAGCAGUCCUGUACUGUGUAGACCUGCGCCUGAUAAACCUACUGAUUCCACUGGAAUGGUAGUAUAUCGUCGCUGGCCCACGUUUCUGCAUCCCUAUAUGUAAACAAACACACGUGGACCCUAAUUUUAUGUAUUAUAUAUGUACACUGUGAUUGAAUGUACUGUAUGAGUACUAAAUUAUUAGUAAUUACUAGAAAUGUAUAAAAAAACUAUGUUUGCGUAAAAAUGUGUACAAAAAGUAAGGUUAUGUUUUGAAUGUAUAAAUAAUAUAAUAUUGAAAGUACAUCACAAAUAAAUAAUUAAUAUGGAAGCUAUAUGGAAUAAUAUUCAAUUAGAGCGUCCACCAAAUAUUACUUGUUACGUUAAGCGUGAAAAGUUUGAUACAACAGCAUUUUUAAAAACAUUAGAAAAAAUUAUAAAGGAUUUAACUUCUCAAAAAUUGUUACACAAGGAAGCAGCAAUUUUAAGCAGAAUAAUUUAUCGUAUGAAAACUAAAUUUCGAAAUGACAAAGGUGUUAAAUUUAUGCUGAAAGUAAAUAAAACCCUCCUCAAUUAUCUUCAUUUACAACUCAAGAAAGAAUAUGAAAAUUUAAAGGACUUUGUUGAAAUAAACAAUGAUUAUGUUACAUUACCUAGUAAACAAAUGAUAGAAUAUGUCUUAGUUAGAACACAGGGAUUUGCCAAACUUGUGUUACGUAUGGAAGAAGUUUCAAAACUGACUGCACAUUUUCUCAGAAGUAGAAUUGGUAUAGGUCAUGCUUGGACUGUUGCUACUAUUGCAUAUGCUAUUAUUAGUAGAAUAUGGGUUUUAUCAAGGUAUUUAGUUAAACAAUCCUGUAUAUGGUAUAAUGAUUUAUAUCAAUAUUUAAAAUCAUUCAAAGUUUCUGGAAUACAAUGGCUUCCUGAUAACUAUGAAUUCCCAAAUGAUUUAAAAUUAUGGUUAUCGGUACCAUGGAUAGAAGAACCUAUUCCAAGUGUUCCCAGUAGUUAUGGAUUACAAAGUUCAAUAUUUAAGCUGAUUAUACCAGGUGAUUAUGAGUCAGAUGAAGAUUUAAUCUUUGACACAGAAGACAAUAGUAAACCAACAAAUGCUGACAAUGCAUUAUUAUCUCAAAAAAAAGAAAAUAUUACAUCCAGUAUAACACCAACAAAUGAAAAGAAAAGUAUUGUGUCUGAUAAUGAUACAGGAGAAGUUAUUGACCGCCGCACUUUUUAUCUCGAACGUGUUAAAAAUGUGGCAAUAGUUCCCAAAGAAAAGAAGCACAAAGGAACGACAAAGAUAAAAGAUACAGAAGAAAAAAUUCAUCAUGAAGUAAUAAAUACUCAAAAAAGUGAUUUUAAAGUUGUAAAUGAUAGAAACGAAAAUGUGAAACAAUACAAGAAUCCUAUCAUAAAACAGGAUGUAACUAAAAAAGAAGUUCAAAAAAAAGUAUCAACAUUUAAUAAGGUUAAAAAUAAAUCAGACUUAGAAAUGUUAUUGAAUAAAGAUUCAUAUCCAGGUUUAGAUAAAUUACAAUGGAAUAUUAUUAGAAACAAAAGUAAAAAGUUAUUAAAUGAAUUAAAUGCUUGUUCUUCCGAAUCAAAGCAAGGAAUUUUAUUAAAAAAAAUAAAAAAGCGAAUACAGUUGUGGAUUGCAUAAAUACUGCAUGUAACAAUCAACCAAAAAAUUAUAAUAAAAUAAAUAAAUUUGACA